GAGGGGAGACGUCUACUUGCCGCACUUUUCUCUGAGUCAUCUUCGCUUGUCUAGCUUGGCCUUGAGUGUUUCGUUCCUACGUAACUUGCUUCUUGCUAGGGCAGGGCAUCCCGACGCCAUGACAUCUUUGGUGGAGUCUGAGGCACAUUUCGUGGCGAGGGCUGCAGAAGUGAGGCUCUCGGAUGCUUCGGUCCUGGCCUUGAGGAGGCAUGGCUUCCGGACUUUAGGGCAGCUUGCUUACACGGUAGGGCAGCCAGGGCAGCUCAUCCCGGAGCUUGAGUUUGUGGAUUGGUGCCGGAACCACGUGCCGGCGGCAACUGCUGCUGAUCUUGCUUCGCUCAAGCGGCUCUUGUUUGAGGCUCAGACCCUGGCACUCACACAACUGCGAGCGCAAGUCACAGAGCCAGAAGCGGCUAGCAAGAAGGUUCCAGAAGCCGAGCGAGAGAGACGGUUGCAGCGACUCCGUGAAGACCUUGUGGGGCUGAGCAUUGAGGGACCCUUGGAGCCCGGGAGGAAACUCUUGGACGAAUGCGCUCAUCAGGAAGCUUUGGGUCAGUUGAAAUACCUCUCCCCGGACAGUGGAGUUUUGGACCAGAGCCGCUUGGUGAUCAAGGAGGCUCAUGAUGAGCUCUCCAUGCCAGCCUCGUCAGCUUUGCAGGUGCAAGAAGCAUUGCGCAGGCGGGGCAUCGCAUACACGUUCUCCCAAUCCGUGAGCUGGGGAGCGUAUGAUCGUUAUGUGACGAGGCUCUUCGCCCACAUGCACAGAGACCCACCACCGUCCUUCAAUCGCAUUUCAGUCAGCCAGAUUGUCGAAGCCGAUCGUCUUGUGUUCACAAAGCUGAUUGAACUUAACAUAAAGCCAAAGCAAAGCGCAGACGGUGAGAAGCCCAUGGACAGGGCUCUUCAUGUGGCUCUUGAGUCGUACGAGGUGAGCUUUGCAUUGAUGCAUCAAGCCAGUAAGGGGGCUUCCUCGACGCAGAGGCCUUGGAAGCGGCUGCGAACCCAGUCUCAGGACAAUCCCGGCAAGGGCAAGGACAAGGGCAAGAAGGGCGAUAAAAAGGGCGGCGGCAAAACAGCUGCUCCUUGGGUGAGCAUCCCCAAGUUCAUCAGGGAUCGAGGAGGUCACGCGGCCACGCCGACAGGUGAGCCCAUUUGCUUCACAUAUUCCACUCAUGGCAAGUGCACUGUUCCAAAUUGCCCUCGCAAGCAUGUCUGUGCUCGGUGCUUCGGCGAGCAUGCUCUCUUGAAUCAUAAGGACAAGGAGUGA